CAAAAUCCCUGCACGCACGUUGACGGUUAAAUUCAUUUCAAUUUUCAACUGCCGCUUUAAAAGAACACGACGCUUUGUUAAUGGCCUCUUCUUUAGCGUUCUUAAAAAUUGUGUGCGAUACUGCGAUAUAUUUGUUGUUUGUUUACUUGUGAUUAAGUGUUAAUUAAACGUUAAAAAUGGACAACACAUCGAUCAUGUCUUUUGACUAUUACGAAGAUUUUAGUUUUGACUUGAUAAAAAAUGUGCCAUGGGCGCAAGAAAUGUAUGAAUAUUUAUCGCAAGGCUUACAGAAAGGUUUUCUAAAUUGGUGUCAUUAUGUGAUAGCCUUAAGUAGGGACGAAAAAACAAUUAAACUAUGGGCUGAGGAGUACAAAAGUGAAUUUGAAAAAUACACUUGUGAGCUGAUUACCAACAUAGCCUCCGUGAAUUCCAAGGUUUUGAGUCAAGUUGAAACUCUAUUGUCAAAGCUUCAAAAAUUAUGUGUGGAGCUAAAAAUUGAAAUGCCCCAUGUGGGUGAUAACAAACUUUGCCUUUACGAGGAGUUGGAUCAAUUAAAAAAGCAAAUCGAAGAGUUUGAGCACAUGUAUAGAGUAAGAAGGGAUGAGUUAAACAGAAUUUAUGCCAAACAGAUGGAAGUCUGCACUAGUUUGGGAAAAGCACCAAAAGUAUUCCCCAAAUCUCCUCUACUUUCCCUAGAAGAAAUGGAAAAUUUACAGAAACAUAUUGACAAUUUAGAGAGUGAAAAAUAUGAAAGGGAAGAAAAAUUCUUGCAGUGUAAAUACGACUUAUUAGAACUGAUUAAGGAAUUGGAUUUUAAACCAACUUCAGAUUUUGAGAACCGGGUUUUGUUUGAAGAUGAUUCAAAUUUUAUGGUCACCGAUUCCAACAUGAAAGAUUUGGAAAAAUUUCACAACAAACUUGUUCAUAGCAAGAACUGCAUGUUGGAAGAAAUAAAUGAGAAGUGGGCCAAGUUGGACCGUCUAUGGACUGUACUGGAAGUUAAUGUGGCGGAAAGGAGCAACUUUUCGGAUGCAAAUCGGGGUCAGCCAAAAGAAGUACUUAAAUCCCUCGAUAAAGAAAUAAAGCGUCUGGACCAUAUCAAAAAGGACAACAUCAAAGUUUUCAUUGAAAAAUACCGCACCGAAUUGCAGGCGCUCUGGGAUGAGUGCCAUUGCGAUGUCAACACCAGGGAUUUUGAGUAUUUUAAUGCUGAUAGCUAUACUGAAGACUAUUUGGAGUUAUUUGAUAUGGAAAUACAGCGGUGGAAAAAAUAUCGCGAGGAAAAUAAGGCACUUCUAAAACUCUUGGACGAAUACAAUACGGUUUGGAAAAAGCUGGCCGAACUAGAGGAGGCGGCGGCGGGUCCAAACAGGUUUCACAACAGGGGUGGCAAACUGUUGUUAGAAGAGAAAGAAAGGAAUAAGUUUAAAAGAAGGAUACCCCAGAUCCAGGAGAGUUUAAUCAGUAUGGCUGAAAAAUAUAGGGAAAAAACUGGCCAUGAAUUUAUGACUUGGGGAAAAACUGUGGAGCAAUUUAUCGAUACGCUUGUUCAGGAAAUUGAGAAAGAAAAAAAGCAAAAAUUGAGCGUGCGUAAACAACAGCGAGAUCAACUGACUCCAGGCAGAUCCAAGUCGACUCUAUCUUUGGCCAAAUCAAGCACUCAACUCUUCAACACCCCAAGCCAGAUCGCGUUAACAAGAAAAACUCCGGAGCUGCCCAACAAGCGCAAACUAAUCACGACGCCCAGAACGGACGUAAAGAAAAAGCCCAGAGUGGAGACGAAAGCGCCAACUAGCGAGUACAAAAGACGUCCAAAAGUAGUUUGCAGCAAAGUCGUUACCAGCCGACGUUCAAUUGAUAAAAAAAAUAAAUCCCAAAAGAGACUGUCGAACAGUUUCCAAAAAGAAAAUAAUUCAAUUGCUGGCGAAACAUCUGGAUAUGAUCAAUUUGAGAGGCGCCCUCUGGCGUACAGUUCUACCGUUUUCUCGCCGAUAGUCGAGGAUGGAAAUGACGAGAAGGUCGAAUAGUAGAAGCACCCUUCACUAUGAACAACAGCAACCUUUCACACCGGUUUCACGUGUGACCAGAAAAAACCCAUUCCCGCCCACCAAUGUGCCUGCAAUAAGGAUACAGCCCGAUACACCCUCAAUGGGAACCCCCCUUCGCAAUAGGGUUCUUAGUGCAAAAGUACUUACUCCCAGAAUGCCAAAAACUCCGAGAGCCGCCACGGCAUUUUCCACCGCCAAAAAUAACAAUAACAUGCAAGUUGAUUUUUAAGUUUUAUUUAUUUUAUUUUUUUAACUCCCAGAGCCGUCACGGCAUUUUCCAGCGCGAAAAAUAACAAGUAGAUUUUUAAAAAUCUACUUGUUAUUUUUGGCGGUGGAAAAUGCCGUGACGGCAAUUUUGUCGCGUCCUUAAUAAUAAAAGCUACCGUAAUUAAAUUUAAUACUAUUGCAAUAGUUACUUACUAUAGCAACAUGCAUGAGAUUGUAAUAAUUAAGCUUAAUCUUAUUAAAUUACGGUAGUUUUUACUCGCAAUUUUGUAUUAUUACGGAUAUAAUGUUGUUUAAUGUUCGUUUGUUUUUAACCAGUAUUUUAUUAUUAUAACUAGCAGCUUUUAAUCUUUAACCAAUGUGUAGUUUGUUGUGUACAUAUUUAUAUACAUAUAUUUUAUCAUAAUAAAUUAUAUUACUUUAAAUAA